GAAGACAGUUUAGAAUUGGCGCUCGAUCCGAAGGCCGGUGUUUUGUUCGUGUUCCUCUCAAACUAAACUAAGAGCUCCUGAAAAUCACAUACUCUUUCAGUUAAGAACCGGUUCUUUGAAUUUUUUACUACGACAAGCAAGUCUUCGGAGUUAGUUGACGUCAAUGAAGAUGACUCGUCUAAUGAAAAUUGCACAGUGUUACUCAUUCAUUUUCCUCGUUGCCAUUACGUGUCUUUUGAAAGAAGUUACUUCAACCGAUCGGCCAAAUAUCAUUUUUAUUUUAGCCGAUGAUUUGGGAUGGAACGAUGUUGGAUUUCAUGGCUCGGGUCAAAUACCGACACCUAACAUCGAUGCACUCGCAUAUUCGGGAUUAUUAUUAAAUAAAUAUUACGUUACUCCGAUUUGUACGCCGUCUAGAAGUGCUUUGAUGACUGGGAAAUAUCCGAUUCACAUUGGAAUGCAGCAUGGUGUUCUAAAAGGAGCCGAACCAAGAGGGCUUCCUUUAAAUGAAAAAAUUUUGCCGCAAUAUCUUCAAGAUCUUGGUUACAGUACACACAUUGUCGGAAAAUGGCAUUUAGGAUUUUACAAGAAAGAAUUUACACCUAUUUAUCGUGGUUUUAAAAGUCACGUUGGAUUCUGGUCAGGUCAUCACGAUUAUUUCGAUCAUACUGCCGUCGAGGAGCCAUAUUGGGGUCUAGACAUGAGACGUGAUAUGAAUGUAGCGUGGGAUUUACAUGGUCAAUACUCAACUGACAUAUUCACUCAAGAGGCCGUCAAACUUAUCGAGAAUCACAAUUCAAGUCAACCAUUGUUUUUAUAUUUAGCUCAUGCUGCUGUUCAUUCCGGGAAUCCUUACAAUCCUUUACCAGCACCUGACUUCGAAGUAGCCAAAUAUUCCUCGAUUGCCAAUUACAAUCGUAAACGAUUCGCUGGUAUGUUAAGUAAGCUCGAUCAGUCUGUAGGACAUGUAGUUAAAGCUUUACAAAAAACAGAUUUAUUGAAAAACAGCGUGAUUAUUUUUUCUACCGACAAUGGGGGUCCAGCAGCUGGAUUUAAUUUAAAUGCAGCUUCGAAUUGGCCACUGAGAGGCGUUAAAAAUACACUUUGGGAAGGAGGUGUCAGAGGUACCGGUUUAUUAUGGACACCUAAAUUAACUCGUCCUGGUCGUGUAAGUUCACAAAUGUUUCAUAUAACCGAUUGGUUACCAACACUUUUAUCGAUCGCUGGUAGCGAUCCCUCGAAUCUGACGAAUUUAGAUGGCAUUGAUUUAUGGGAAGCGUUGCGGGAUGACAAGGAAUCACCCCGUAGAACUAUUUUACAUAAUAUCGAUGACAUUUUCGGAGUAUCGGCGAUCACAAUUGAUGAUUGGAAAUUAAUGCAAGGUUCAACUUACAAUGGUGCGUGGGAUGGAUGGUAUGGACCAUCUGGAAGAGAGUGGGUGUAUGACGUUGGUGCAGUAAUCGGUAGUAUGUCAGGUCGUGCAUUAAUUAAUUCAGGUUUUUCACUUACACCAGAACAAAUUCAUGAAAUUCGUGAAAUUUCUCUUAUCAAGUGUCCACCUAAAAAUGAUUCUUUACCCAUAUGCAAACCUUUGCAAGCACCAUGUCUUUUCAACGUUCAACAAGAUCCUUGCGAGGAUAAUAAUCUUGCCAACGAGCUACCUACGAUAUUAAAGAAAUUACAGGAAGAAAUAAAGAAAUUAAAUGCCACGGCUAUUUCACCUGGCAAUUCGCAAUGGGAUCCUAACGCUAAUCCUGAAUUAUGGGAUCACACUUGGACCAAUUUUGGAGAUUAUGUCGAUACAAUGACCACUGCCGCUGCAUGACCAA